AUGGAGCCUGUACCCCGUUCUUCCUGCCCUCCUUAUCCCUCGUUCUCUGCUGCCUUCGCCUCUCCGGUCUUCUCCUUGGAAGCCAUAACCCCCCGAAAGGGUACCGCCCCAGCCAAAGUGCAUCGCCUGGAACAUCGGCCUUCCAAAUCCUCCUUAGGGACAACGUUGAGCAUCACCUCUUCAGAGACAGCUUGCUCCUCCUUGAAGUCUGCUGGGAAUUUGUCUGUUAGGGAAGAGCCUCAAAAGGCAUUUUGUGUGCCCUCUCACGAUGGAACAAUCUCGAGCACCUAUGCAUCAUGCAGGAUAGUACACACAGAACACCGUCCGCAAAAGGGAAGCUGCCUUUAUACACUGACAGGACAGCUCCUAAUGAGCUGCUAUGGGUCCAUUGCGCUCCAUACACUUCUCCUUCAAUUUCUACCUGAUAUUUUUACCCAUCUCAGACUACCCCCAGCCUUUGGACACCCGCUAAUGCUGCUGCCCCCCGAAAACUCGGUAUGGGGGUGGUUCUUCUCCUAUAUCAAUGGAUCGAUUCAGCAGUUUGUCAUGCGGGGAGUACUAGGAUCUCUAAUGUUUAUCUGUCUUCUGCACCUGGUGCGGGUUAUCUUGCAUCCUAUAGCAACUAGCGAGCAGCACCGUAUGCUGCUUGAGGAAAUGCACAAGGGCAGGGUAGACUGCAUCAGCAGUGAAAAGGAAAGCACCUUCAGAUGUCCCCUUAGAAGCGCUGGAUCUGUUCAGUGGAGCAUCAACAAGAGGCGGGAGGGAUUCUGCGCCCAUCUAAUUGCUGGGGUGUGCUUAGCCCUCACGGUUGUUCAAGUUACCAGCUUCUUCUUUGGGGGAUGGACUUUAAAAGCCAUCGGCUUCCCUGAUAUCUAUCUGGCAGCCCUAACGAAACCUGGAGGACUUUGGGGCCAUGAGACAGCAACAAAUGUCGCUCUUGAGCAUUUGCAUCUAGGUGAUUUUCGUUUCGAAGAACUCAAAGAGGCUAUGGAAGCAGUUGAAACUGACCGACGAAAUAAGCCAGUCCUUUUGCUUGUCUUAGUAUUAGGGUUUGCUUUAGACACAUGGGGGCAAUACCUGCAGAAAGUGCUCUUGCUAAUGUCGUCGCUUUUUGCGGUCGUUAUGACCUUCGCGUCCUUCAACUUACAAGGCGUUCCGUCGUGCAAUUCCACUGACCACCAUUGGGUUGAUUUUGGACUGCAACGGGACCUAGGGCACAUGACUGAAGCAGAUGCCUCCCACCUGGCCUCCAAACCGCCGCUGCUGUAUUCGCAAUACGUAUUAAUGAGGGAUGGGGUACAACUCGCCGCAGAUGUACACCUUCCCUUUUCCCUUGCCGGAUCGGCAAGGGCUUGGGCCUUGUUGCAACACAGAUUGCACGUUCUACAGACCGCGGCAGCUGCAGCAAGAGCGAAGGCACAAGCAGAGGAGCAGGACACUGAGGACUACCGCAGGACCGUGCGAUUAAUACCUUUUUUAGAAAAUGUAAUUCAAAAGCUGUUGGAGGAUGAGGCAAAAUUGUUACAGACCGUUCAAAGGGUUCCGGUAUAUCUUGAGAUUACGAGAUACAACAGAAGAUCCGAACACUACUGGCCCUUCACUCUCCUUUCCAUUUGGAAUCAUCCUAGAGGCGCCUCCCUAAACAUUUGGAGCUGGCAGACGCAGCAGUUGCUUGUUUCUAAUGGAUACGCGGUCGUGGUCGUUGAUACGAGGGGAUCAGGGGCUUCCUUUGGGUUUCGGUCAGUCGAUCUUGGCUUUGAGGAGCUGCAAGAUUCCGCACAGCUGGUAAAGUGGGCCAAGCGUGAGUGGUUCUCGAAUGGGAAAGUUGGGGGCGGCGGUUUGUCAUACGAUGGAAUGCUCGGAUUGUCCAUGGCGGCAGGUGGAGGCGUAGACGCUGUUAUUUCUCUUUUCACCCCAAUGGAUGUUUUAGGGGAACUUGUGGCACCUGGCGGGAUGAUGUGCCAUUCCUUCUUGAAUGAUUACACCGGCCUUACGAGCGACUUUGAGCGCCACGGAACACCAUGGAGGCACAUGAUGAAGAGUCCACUGCACUUUCCUUUUCAUGUUCUCCUAGGAUUUGCGUUUUCGUUUGGGGGCAUCAGCGGGGUUUUAGGGCACGAGGCAGAGCUACCCAAUGCCAUUAGAGCUCACCAUCGCAACUGGAAGAUGACCGAUGCUGUAAGUGCACUUCGAUUUUACGAUGACAAGGUGCAGUUCACGGAGGAACUGGAGGCUAAAGCAACUUCUUUUGGAAUUACAAAGGAAAUAAUGCGAAAGCUCGCGUACAACAAUGUCAGUGUGCUCACUGUUGGGGGCUUCUGUGACUCUGCAACUGCGCGAGGUGCUAUCCGAUUGUUUUCAUAUAUGCAGCGAAAAGCACCAAAGAGCCAUCCGCAGCUAAUUUUGGGUAAUUGGAAUCAUGGGGGAAGAAGAAGCUGCGACCCUUUUGGAGGAAACUUUUCCUGUUUUGAGACAAACUUGUAUGCUACUGUCCUGCGGUUUUUCGACUGUCGGCUGAAGAACAAAUGCUGGGGAGGCAUUUGGGAAGAGGCCCCCGUCCACUAUUGGCAGACGGGCAGUGGAGAGUGGCGUGCAGCUGAGACUUUUCCACCCGGAAACACCAUGCAGCGUCUUGAUCUGCAGUUCACCAAUAACCCCAUUAAAAGCCACUCCACCGCUUCGAAAGGUGCUGGCAGAUCUUCCGCAUCGCUUGCUCCUGAAUUUGGUGCUCAUCUGUUUGACCCGCAUCUCCACUUCUCCAGUGGCCUUGAGCAUGUAUUACACGACAUCAUCCAGCGCGUGCGGCUUUAUGGAAAUAUGCUGCGACUGUACGAAGAGGCAGCGAUGCAGGAAGAAACUCUGCAGAUCGGCGAUGUCAGUACCCUAGAAGCAAGGCACUUGCAGCGCCAGGAGAAGCAAGAGAAACAAGAGCAGGAUACUCGAAGAGCUGGAGGCCUCAAAGCAGCAACGCCACGUUCAUGGUUACCUCGUUUGCUCGCUGCGCUUAUUGCUGCCGUCUCUUCUUACGGACACACAAAUCCUGCCAGCGAAUUGCGGGAGCUUUUCAGCAGAGACAAAAAUGCCUAUUUUUUGCAGCUUCCGAAGAAAGCAAAAGAUAGCACGCCGUCUGCACUAGCUGUAAGCGAUGCGGCCAAGGACGCAACGGUUUUAUGCAGUUUGCUCACGCUGCUAAACGGAAGCCUGUUGUUGUCGGUGUGGUCAAAACAGGUGGAAAAGAAGCGCGAACAAAGUGUUGCGAUAGAAUACACGGUGGAGUAUCUCUUUUCGUCUGGAGAGUAUUCUCGGUGGAUCAUUGGGCAGCAUCCUUUUCGAAUGCCUGUGCAUUAUGGAAACCGUCUCUUUCCAAUGAAAAGGCGCCCUGAGUUCCCCCUUACUAUUAGCCCUGACCAAGGACAUCCACAGCAUUUUUCCUUGUCUCCUUAUUCUCUGGAUCAACUCCUGGCACGUCCUCUCUCCUUCGUGACGGACCCCUUGUUGGAGCCGAUUGAGAUGGUCGGCAGUGCCUUUUUAAGCCUAACGAUAUAUGCAGAAAACUGCAACGAUCUGACUUUAUUCGCCUACUUAGAAGACGUAGACGUUGCAGUGGGAUAUUCACACUAUAUUACCGAAGGACAGCUGAUGGCGUCAAACCGUCCUUCUGAGGCGUCCGCAAAUUUGCCCGUUGGAGCCUACGGAAGAGUGUCGAGGUCUUUUUCUAGGCAAGAUCACAAGCCAUUAGACGAGGGUGGCGAGUCUGUUGCCGUAUCGCUGAACUUUGAGCCACACAGCUGGACGUUCAAUGCGGGUCACGCGAUUCGCUUGGUUUUGACUGGAAGUGACAACGACAACUUCAGCUUUGGCGUCAACACCGACGUGAGGCUACCCAGCACAUGGAAGGUCGUUACUUCUUCCGCCAUUCUGUCACUUCCUGUCCUGGAAACCAAGUGA